UGCGAGCUUGGGUGUGUGAGUGAAUCCACCACUCUGGCGCUGGGCGCUUAGUGGCUGUGAACCGGGGUAUGGCUCGCGUAAGGCAGCGGGUAUAAAGAAACGCCGCUCGAACAUGAGGUAGGGCCCUCUACCUCCUGAUUUCGACUAUGCCGCAAGCUGACGAGCAACAGAACGAGAAACGAGAUACCGAUGAAGCGUUUUCCGAGCGCGAGAAAGCCAUUGGGAACAAACUCUGGGGUGUCUACAUCUCCGAGGCGGAGAAGUACGAUCAAGGUCUCAUCGAUGGCUGGCGCAGCGACAUGGAUGGAUUGCUGAUCUUCGCCGGUCUAUUCUCUGGCGUCGUCACGACGUUCAUUAUUGACAGCUAUAAAACGCUGAACCCCGACUCGGGGAGCCAGACCGUCGUGCUGCUGAACCAGAUCUCGCAGCAGCUUGCGAGCAUGAACAAUAGCACGGCGGUGAUGAACGCACUCCCUCCCGCCGCUCCCUUCUCGCCCCCGGUCUCAGCUCUCGUCUGCAAUGCACUCUGGUUCGCCAGCCUCGGUCUCAGCUUAUCGAGCGCACUCAUCGCGACCCUGGUCGAGCAGUGGACGCGGGAGUACCACCACCGGACGUCGAUGUUCUCCUCCAUCUCGAUCCGGUCACGCGUGUACAUGUAUCUGUACUACGGUUUGCGACGCUUUAGUAUGCAUGCCGUUGUUGGCAUUCCCCCGCUUCUGCUGCACACAUCACUGGUCCUGUUCUUCGCAGGUCUAGUGGCCUUUCUGGUACCCGUCAACGCGAUCAUCAUGAGCAUCUCCUCCGCUCUACUGGGCCUCUUCGUCUUGGUCUACCUAACGUUCACGGUGCUCCCGCUGUUUUUCUUCGACUGUCCGUACCAGACGCCACUCACACGGAUCCUCUGGCCGCUGAAACAGAGCUUGGGACACGCGCUGAGGGCUUACCUUUGGAGGGCAGUGGGUGUUUGCAAGACCUAUGUCUUGAAGAGAGUCCCCGUGACAGACCACGAGAAAGCCGUCGAAUCUGCUGGGACGACCCCCGCGGCCUCUGACAAAGGUUCUGCAGCUGAAGACACUCUUCCGCAGUCCCAGAGCAUGUUCGAAGCCAUCAGAUCAGAAGCGCUGCGUUCCACUGUCAAGACGGAGACCCGGGCACUUGCAUGGACCGUCCGGUCUCUCUCUGGCGACGAGGAGCUUGAGCCAUUUGUCGUGGGGCUCCCCCUGGUGCUGUGGGAUUUCGAGACCAGCAAGCCUCAUGGCGUGUACCGGGAUCAUUUCCACAGCUUGUUGCGGGAUCCAAAAAUCCAUCUCUGCCAGCGUCUCGGCGAUUUCAUGGCUGGCUCCAACAACAACCUGCUUGAGGACAAAGUCCGCCUGCGCCGCCAGCUCUCUGUGCUCCGGGCCAUCUGGGCCAUCUGCGCGUUCUCUCUGCACACGGAUUCGCCUCUGCCAAGUCCGAUCGGAGAAGCGGACGUCGACAAGGCGCUGCUCGGCUCCAAGUUCCAUGCUUCUCCUGACGUGCAGAGCAUGAUCCUUGACGUGACCGCUUUAAUCCGUCUGAACAUGAUUGAGCAUCGGAGCCGGGAGCGGGCCCCCACACAGCCGAGCAGUUCUGACGCCGAAGCGGAAGAGCAACGGCACGCAGACAUGCAUUGGACGUACACGGAUUAUCUUCUGACAUUUUCCAAAUGCGCUGCCAGCUUCCAACGGGAUGCAAUCAUUUCGCUCUUUGAUCGGUCACAAAUGCGCUUCACGGAAGCGGAUGGCUACAGAACUCUGUAUUGGGCUCUCAGAGAGCUGAUCGGAUCAGCGUUGGACAAGGCAGCGGACGAGAUAGCGGAGAACGUUAUCUUUGCUGCUCGUCUGAUGAUCAGCCCGUUUGCCCAGAUAUCAGGAUAUCCAGAGUGGUCGCCGUUGCUGGAGGGUCUUGGGCCUUUCCUUGUCCGACAUCCGUCCCUUGCCGUCUCCGACCCGGAAUUCGACUCAAAGCAUCAUUACACCCGAUUCCUGUGCUACAUGCUAUGUGGGAACCUUUUCAAUUCAAUUGAUCCCCAGUCAUGUGUCGACGCCCUCCAGCUGAUUUAUCGGGAAUUGCUUAACCCUGAUGUGUCACCAAGAGACUUGGAUACCCAUCUUUUGGUUCUUUGCACCCUGCGGACUGACGCAGCCAACAUCCGCACGCACCAUCUGGCUGCCAUCGUCCAGUACAUUGUGCUCAACAGUUCCAAGAGGGUUUCAUCGGAAUCGGAGCAAUUGUUGAACAUCUUCGAUGACGACUACUGGUUCCGCUCCGUGCUCGGCUUUGACAGCGAUGAACCAUCGGCACAGCAAAUUUACGACUGUGCACGUGUGGGUGUUUUCACCACUUUCCUCGAGCAGUGUACUUCCCGCAGUCUGGAUCAAAUAGAGCACGACCUGGACUUCAAUACGCUCAAGAGGAUACAGCACGCAGACAUGUCGAGAUCGACAUGGACGCUAUCCCGCGUUUCUUCGGUGAUCCCAACUGGACUGCAACAUCGAUUCGCUGACGCUGUCUCCGGAUUCAUCCGCAAAUAUCUAGAGAGCUGUCUUGCGGAACGUGACGGGCUCUACUCGGUGAUUCGCUGGGCCGUUCAUAAGUACGACGGAUGGAUGACUAAUGUGGAUGCAUUGUGCGUCCUGGAAUCGGCUCUGUCGGAGGUGCAAACAGACAAUCAGCAACUAACACACCGGGAGCGUGCUGGAGUGAUCCGGAAUUGGAUAAAGAAGCGGCCUCUUCUGCCUGAGAACAUUCCUGCCGCCUUUGUCCCGUUCGUGAGUGCGGAGGAAAGGCCGGACGCGGACAUUCCAUAUCGGGUUGGUCCGGAAUAG